AUGACAAAACAACAUGUCGAUGCCGGUCCCUUUGGUCAGGCCUUGUCAGCUGAGGCCAAGAAGUUGGUCAACGAAGUCAGACUUCAGAUUAAUCAACCUAUUAAUCCAUUUGUAAGUACUGGUUUAAACUAUUUACGGCUGUUUUUUAGUUCGACAAAGACUUCAAUAUAUAUCGUUUCGUUCUGAACGCCGAAAGAGCUUACAAAACACAAAAAGAGACCGUCCAACAGGCUGCCAAAGCGUUGAAUAAUCACUUAAGAUUGAGGAAAUGCCUUCGAUUGGUAAGAUAUAGUAAUAUCAAACACAUUACUUUGCUCAGGAUGAAUUACCGGACAUUCCAUUUGCCGACAACCCAAUCUUCAAGGCCAAAUAUUUGCCUUGGGGUGAAAUUCAACGUAAAACUGACAGCUCCAACAGACUCUUGCAGUACGUUGAAUAUAAAACAAUUACUGUUGAGGUAAGAUUGCAUAAUAGCAAAAAAUACUCCGUGUUUUAGUAUAUUGCUCAUUCACUAAAGAGCUCGGACUCUUGCCGAUUCCAAUUCUGGCAAUUCGAACACAUUCUCAGACGGGUUAAUGAACAAGUAAGUUGGCAACUUCUAACCAACACAACUGGCCCUUAUUCAUAUACAUGACUAAAUCAAUCUUUCAGGAAGAGAAAUCGGGUAAAUUCUGUUCUGUCCGCCAUAUUGUAGACAUGAAUGACUAUGAAAUCAACCCCUUUACUAUGCUCUUUGUGAGUAGUGGUACUCUCCAAUACUAUUCUCACUUAUUCCAUUAUGAAAACUAUCCGGAAUUAGUGUAUCCAGUCGAAAUGGUGAACAUCGCCAAGUGGAUCUACCUUCCUUAUAAAAUUAUCAAAUCUGUUAUGCCUGCAGGAUUCGCAGACAGAUUCCGACUAUAUGAUGGACACUUCUUGCCCAAUCUGGAGAAUGAAAUUGAUAUUGAAGAUAUCCCAGAGACUCUUGGAGGCAAAAACAAGGUAAGAAAAACAAAAUAACUAUUUUAAACAGCCGAGUUUGAGUGUCCAAUUAUUUCGUUCAGGAAAUCAAAUGUACCAGUGCUGUUGCCCCGAGUGAAGAAGAGAAAUGGCAUUGUCAUGUCCCUCAGAUAGUAAAUGCCCUCGAGACAUUAGUUAUCCACUCAAGGAAAGUGAAGUACUACAAAGUGGAGGUCACAGAAGCCCCAACUACUCUUAGUUGGUACUUCCAUACUGACAGUGACAUCUAUUUCGGAGUGUUUUACGAAGUAAGAUUAUAUACCACUUGAUCUUAAACGAUUUUAGCAAAAAGAUUCGAAUAAUAACAAGAAGAAAGAAAAGGAUGAAAUCGACACUGAUGCGCUCGAGAUGGUCUACCCCAUGUUCAAGCUGACCGCCAAACUUGUUCAUGAGUAUGACUCGAUUGAAUGCACUCAACCCGGAUUUUAUUACCUUGUUUUUGGCAACAAACACAGCUGGAUGCACAAGAGAACGGUUGAAUUAAUGGUGCAAGUCAGAACCCAAGAUAAUGAACUCAGAAGGCUACAUCAAGAUGGGACUUAUCAGAAGAUUACGGAUGAAGAACUGGACAUUGAAAAGAAGAUGGCCUUGACCCCUUUCAAGACUAAUAUAUAA